AGGGUCGCUGCUGGUGAUGAGUAUCGAUGGGACGGUGUCCUCCUCUGCGGUCUCUUCGACAGAUGACAUGAUGUAGGAGCAGGCAGAGGCGAACGCAAACACAGAACCCUACGCGAUGGCUCCGUAAGGUCAACUAAUUCACAUUUUCCUGACAUGAUGACUGCAACACUUAGAGGCGAAGAGGUGGAGGAACUGGGAAGAGUUAUUGUGCAGGUCCAGGAAGAUUUGAGACAAUUAAGGCGUGAAAUUGUUGUCAAAGGAAGUGGGGAAAAAUUGGACCUCCUAGCCUUAGACAAAGCCAUUCUCAGGACAGAAUGUGGCAUACGGAAGCAUGCAGAGCAGUGUCUUAAAGCAGUGAACAACCAGAUGCUGGUGCUCCCAAACAUUGAAGACAAACACCCCACCUCACAGAUUCCCAAAUGGGGACCCCCGCUGGAGAACAUACCUAAUGUGCACAGUCAGUGGGGAGGUCCUGACAGGAUCUCCCCUGGGGAGAAGCACAAGUUGGCGUUGACCAUGCGCCUGUUGUAUAAUCCAGCGCAUCCAAAGACCAGGACCAUCAUGAACGAAAAGUUUGGGAUCCCACUGCCAGAUGUUCACAAGAAAAGUGUGACCUCCGCAGCCCACCAGGGGGUGAUCAGCGUCCCCAGAGUGGGCCUCUCCACCCUGGUUUCUAGGCAGCAGCCCGGGUACUUUCCCCUGGCCCGGCCCGAGGCAGGAGGCCUGAGAACCGCAGGGGGGCCGCGGCUGGUGGACGUCGGUCUCCCCUUGCCGGCGCCAGACGUCUCUUCUCUGCAGACUUUGGUCCAGCACAAGGCUGCGCCUCUCCACGCCAGAGAAGCACAACCCUUUCCCUCAGCGCAGGUCGGUCUGUCCUUUAUUCGCAAAGACUCUACCAGCCGCCAGGGGGACAGGCCGGUGCGGCGCCGUAAGCAGCUAACGUGGAGCAAGGAGCCUGGGCAGCAGCAGGGAGGGCUGGCAGAGAGGGACCCCGCCAGCCUGGCCGCCCCUGCCACCCACGCCCCCCGCCAGCCCCGCGUCCCGGAGGUCAGACCCCCGGAGUUCAGACCCCCGGAAGCCAGGACCCCCGGAGCACCGCAGGGGAGGAGUGCUGGGCCCCUGAGAGCCCUGAGGUUAAUACGCACGGGGCCGUCCCGCGGUGGCCGUCAGCCGGUUCCCGUUCACCAUCGCGCGCGGCCGGGUCGACCCCACGCCGCAGACUUCCUGCCGCUUCAAGCAGCAGUUCUGCGUGCCGUGGGGCGGCCUGGUGGACGCCCUCCGCGCCCCUGGAGACGCUGCUCCGGCGGUACGCCGGCACCUGGCCCGGUCGUGAACGGGGAGCGGCUGGCCGACGUGCGGCCUGGGCCGGGACCUGGCCUGGGGCUGGGCCACGCCCCCGGUGUCCCGCCCAUGCUCGCCACCCUGGACAACCAGCCCGAGGUGCUGGCUCUCUGCUCAGCCCCCGGCCAGCGCUACAGGGGGGAGGGGGGCGCGGAGGCGGCGGCCGUCCGGGUCCAGGCCUGGUGGAGGGGCCGCCUGGCCCGUGCCGACUACGUGCGUCACCGCCGCCGCGUGUGGGCCGGGGGCGUCCUGGCCCUCGCCCUGUGGAGGCGCCUGCAGAUGCGGCGGGUCAGGGAGCUCCUGCAGGCCCGGCGCCGCAGACAGCUGGAGAACCACCGGCAGAGAGCCCAGCAUCUGGCAGCCAACUGGAAACACAUCCACUCCUCCACGAGGACCAUUAUCCACAUUCCAUCAUUAGGCUACAGUCAGAGCCAGCGUUCGCAGUUGAAGGACUUUGGCAUCCUGCAGAACACGCAGAUAAGCAGGCUGGCUGACAUCAGAGACCCCAACGUGGAUGUGAUCUACGUGGCCCCCCGGCCCAUGGGCAAGGACGUCGCUGGCUACUAUGCCCGUUUUGCUGGAGCUCCAGGCCUCGGGGGCUCAGGGGCGAUCCUUGGUGGAGCCACACAGAGCUCCCAGGUGUUGAGCUCACCGCUCACUCUCUCUCCUGUGUGGGGGGUCUCCCUGCAGACCCACAGCAUGUGCCUGUCCACGCUGCUCAAGUACAGCCCGCACGCCCUGCGGCGCAUCAGGAACCUGGUCCAGGGGAGGCGGGCCUAUAUCGUGGGCGGCGUGGCCCACGCGGAUGACCUGGCGGUGGCUGACGAGCUGGGCGUGGCCAUCCUGGGCCCGGAGCCGGACGUGGCCCGGCGCUACGGCACAAAGUCUGGAGGGAGGGGGGUCUUCACCGGGGCAGAGGUGGCGGUGCCCCCCGGCCAUGGGGGGAUUCACUUCCUCCCCGAGCUCCAUGAAACUCUGGCUCGGCUGAUGACGCACAACAUGGAGGUGCAGCGUUGGAUCUUCAAGAUGGACGCUGAGUUUGGCGGUCGCGGCACCGCCUACUGUGACGUCUGCCACCUGGGCUGCCACGGUCGGGCCCUACAGGAGUACCGGCGCCUGGGCCCUGUUCUCUGGAGCCAGCAGUGGACUCAGGAACACGUUGUGCAUAAGCUAUGUGGACCAGAUCCCUGCGUGGCUAGCCCGCCAUGCCCGGCCUGCCAACGCCUCUGCUCCCGACUGGGCUGGCUUUCUGAAGCCUUCCUCCGGCGAGAAUUGGCAAGUGCAACUUUCUCCCUCCCUCUGUCUGUCUGUCCUGCGCGCCCAGGGGGCCUGGUGGAGGCCUACCCCCCCUCCACAGUGUCACCUGCCCUCACGGUAGAUCUGCUGCUGGAGCCCGGGGGGAGUGUGAGCGUGCUGUCCUGCUGUGACCAGCUCCACGGCGCCUGUCGGCUGGAGACCCUGGGCUCCUGCGUCCCCCAGGCCUCGGUGCGACCCCGAGCCCUGCACGCUCUCUGCUCGCGCGUGGGCCGCGCCUGCCUGCAGAGCGGCCACAUUCCUGGGGUACGUCUCCCUAGACCUGGCCACCUUCCUGGGACCACCUGCACCGCCGAGCAGAAGGUGUGGGCCAUCGAUCUGGACCUGAGAUACAGCGACCAGCUCGCCCUGACCCAGUUGCUGCUGCUGGUGACGGGAGCUACGCUGGACUGCCGGUCCUGUCGUUUACUUGUGCCGCUGCCAACCCAAGAGAAAUCCCCUGAAACAGAGAGCCCAUCCAAACAUGCUGUGGGCCCCCGCUACGCCGUGCUAGUGAACCGCCUGCUCCACACCAACCUGUCCAUCUUCUACCACAGCGUGUUCUUCAGCAUGUGCAAGGCUCACGGCAUCGGCUACGACACAAAGAGAAAGAAAGGCACUGUGUUUGUUCUCCAUGACAGCAGUGAUAGACACAGCAUUGGGAUGUUAACCGUCGGUGACGAUCUCCUGGGAUCCCUGGUGACCUUUGCUCGGAAUCUGUCAGUCAUUCAUCAGGAAAUAUCAUCCCCUAAAACACAAGGAGACACUAAUUUCAAGGAUUUGCUGAAGGACAUUGAAGGUGUGCUGCAGAUGGCCAUUCAGAACAAAGAGCAAGCGUUGGAGGCUGAAACAUCUUAAGGGCUUUCCGAAUACUGUUAGGUUUCAUGGGGUUUCGACAGCUUAAUCCCACUAUGUAGGAGCUGAAGCACAAUAUUUUGGCCACGUUAUAAUAUAGUUAGGCUAGAUCUAGUUAAUUUUAAAUAAAUUUGUUUUAUUAGUUCAUAAAUGUAGUCACUUAUAGAAACAUAGAUUAAUGAGAAAUGAGAAAUAAAAACAUAACCGCUUU